AAAACUACUGUACAUUUCGCAAAUAAUAAUGAUCAGCCUUGUAGUUCAGAUCUUAUUAAGCUCAGUGACUCCAAUAAUUAUACACUAUCGCCAUUUGCAACUCCGAGUAUAUCACUUCACUUUCUAUCGAUUUGUCUCAUGUUACAUGCUAUCGACGAUCUGUUUAUUCACCAUCUACGAAAGAUCUGCUAGAAAGUUUGGUUAUUCCAUGGUUCAUAUGCAAGUUACUUACAACAUUCGAAUACGUUACAAGAACUCAGGUGAGUCUGUCCCAACUUCCCUUGUUAAUUCUAACACUAGUGAGUAAAUUCUAGACUAUAGAUAGUGGAUACCUAGUGCACAACCGAACAGACACAUGAUGAACCUAAGGAGAAGAUGUACAAUUUAUUACAGAAAUCUGGAUUCCCAUUUUAUCUAUGGCGGUUGUGGCAUUUGUACCUACUGGUGAUUCUUUUGUACUUUACUGGGUGCUUAUUACGAAUUCCAAAUACACUGCGUCCAGUUGUGGUCAUCCAUUUGUACCUGUCUUAAGUUGGGCUAUUUUCUGAGUUCUUAGUUUGCAAGUCAAUGCAAACACAUAUAGUCUUUGCCUAAAUAAUCUAUGAUAUUUCGAUGCAUAUUGGUCAUCAAGGCAUUCAUACAUAUAUGAUGAAUAAUACUGAGCUCUCUUUUGCUCAGACACACAGUGACUGGGGAGUCAUCAUAAGCCAAAACUUAAAAACCACUGCACACUAUCGUGCAAUAGCCGCCAAAUGUUUGAGAACCCUAUGGUCAAUAUGUAGGGCCUUAAGU